AUCAUUUCAUGUGGGGACAAGGUUACCUUUCUCAUUGAAUGAGAAAUCUUUGGGGCAAGAGAUGAGAUGAGAUGAGAUGGGAUGUGGGAGGUAUAUAGAGGUGGGCAUGGCCCAGUUUAUGAAAGAAUUGUUUUCUGUUGAACAUCUUGAGACAUUGACUUGAUUCUCAUCCUUUACUCUACUCUCCUUGAUCUUAUUAACCCUUUAUACUGAGUAUUGUAAUACACUAUCAACCAAGACAAACAAACAAACAAAAUGGAUCAACAAAAUCCAAAUCGCUCUUCAACAACUCUAGAAGGUCGUGAAGACGACACCACCUUCGCACCCCUAAACACCCACCAAACAACAAUGAGCCGCAUCCGUCGCUCCCUCUCCCACACCCACACACACUCCCACGACGGCUCCCAGAAAGAAACCCGCGAUCCAGACCUAGAUAUCGACCUGCCCUACCGAACACUCAGCGCCAACGCAAACUUAGACGAGUACCGCGUUGAAGUCCCAGGCGGUGCCAUCCCCGGUCCUAUCCAGCCUGAGGAGAUCGCGAGAAAGUCGACAAACCAUGAGCCUGGACAGGAGAGGCGGUAUAAGCUUGUCACCUUUACUCCUGGUGAUAAGGAGAAUCCUAAGAAUUGGAGCAAGGCUUAUAAGUGGUGGUGCACUAUGUGUGUGGCGCUGACGUGCUUCGUUGUUGCGUUCUGCUCUAGUGUUAUCACUGCUGAUAUCGCGGGCGUGGUUAAGGAUCUGAAUGUUAGCAAUGAACUUGCUCUUGUGAGUAUCAGUUUGUUCGUUGUGGGUUUUGGUGUUGGACCUAUGGUCUUUGCACCUCUUUCUGAGAUUUACGGUCGACGAAUCAUCUAUGGCUCUACUCUUCUUAUGGCUGUCAUCUUCAUCAUUCCUUGUGCCGUGGCAAAGAAUAUCGAGACUCUUCUCGUCUGCCGAGCCAUCGAUGGUAUUGCCUUCUCAGCACCCAUGACCCUUGUUGGUGGUACACUCGCCGACCUGUGGAAGAAUGAAGAGCGUGGUGUCCCCAUGGCUGCAUUCUCUGCUGCUCCUUUCAUUGGCCCUGCAAUUGGUCCUCUUGUCGGCGGUUUCCUCUCUGAUGCUGCUGGUUGGCGAUGGCUCUACUGGAUCCAGCUCAUCCUCGCCUUCGUUGUCUGGAUCCUCAUCACCUUUACCGUUCCCGAGACGUAUGCCCCUACUCUUCUAGCCCGUCGUGCUCGCAAGCUUCGAGCUGCUACUGGUGAAACCGACCACGUCACAGAGCAGGAACUCGAUCUUCGACCUCUCUCUGAGCGUCUUCGCAUCUUCCUCAUUCGUCCUUUCCAGCUUCUCUUCGGCGAGCUCAUCGUCUUCCUUAUCUCCGUGUACAUGAGUGUCCUCUACGGUCUUCUGUACAUGUUCUUCGUUGCCUUCCCUAUCAUUUACCAGAAGGGCAAGGGUUACUCUGCUGGAAAGACUGGUCUCAUGUUCAUUCCUGUCGCUGUCGGUGUUCUCCUCUCAGCCGCUUGCUCUCCUUGGGUCAACAACCACUACCUCUCGCUCGUCAAGAAGCACAAUGGUCAUCCCCCCGCUGAGGUUCGUCUUAUUCCCAUGAUGGCCUCAUGCUGGUUUAUUCCUAUUGGUCUCUUCAUCUUUGCCUGGACUUCAUACAAGGAUCUUUCUUGGGCUGGUCCUGCUAUGGGUGGUUUCCCCGUUGGCUUUGGCUUCAUCUUCCUUUACAACUCUGCCAACAACUACCUUGUCGACUCUUAUCAGCAUCAAGCUGCCUCUGCUCUCGCCGCAAAGACUUGCAUCCGAAGCUUCUGGGGCGCUGCAGUUGUUCUCUUCACUGAGCAGAUGUAUGAGCGUCUCAACGACCAAUGGGCCUCAACACUCCUUGCUUUCAUCAGUCUAGCUUGCUGUGCCAUUCCCUUCAUGUUCUGGAAGUACGGUGCCAAGAUCCGUGGGCGUAGCAAGUACGCUUACGCUGGUGAGGACGAGACUGUCGACGAUAUUGAGAAGGCCAAGGGCCAUGUUAACACUCAUGGCGGCGCUCAAGUCCGUGACGACUCUGAGGAUGAGGAUCUUCGCCGUGCUCGCAGCUACGUGAGCAACCCUUAAGCCAAUUACACUAGAUUGGUUCUCCUACUUGUCCUUUGGGCAUUUCCACAUCAAAAAUAGACUGGGGCUUAGACUUAGACUUGGGGUAGUACCAGGAGGUUGGACUUUAAUGCCUGGACAGGACUUGCAUAUAGGUAUAAUAUGCGCGGAAAAUCAUUUGGAGUGGACUUGGAUAUUUAGCAUAAUACCCUUGAAUUUAAUGUCGAUUUAAUCAACACACUGAACCAUCAGUGCCUCUAUCAUGUGUCUGCGAGAAGUAUCCUAGCCUGAUACACGAGCCUUUGCUGACCAUGUGCAGCAGAAUCAUCAAAGAACCAUUUCCUUUCACCAUCGGAACCGAACCAAAGCGGAACGAAAGCGAAUAAAGAGACACGGCGCCCGAACCUGCUAUCAUCAUACACAGAAACUAGCUUUUCAGGGGGUCGGAAGGCGUUCAUGCAAGCUUAUCCUUCAUCGGUACCGUUCGGCGAUGAAAUGGGUCGCAUCAGAGCUUUCAUCGACGGGGCCCACUUGGUGAGGAAUAUGGCAGCAGGGAUCGCUCUUUAUCUCCUUCUAGUUCCCGGCUCGGCCACGAUAGCAUCCCACUAAGAGGUGUGAAGUUUUACCCAAAAAAGGAUAGGAGCAAAGGGUUGUUAUCUCCAGUGGAUCAUCGACUCUCCCUCUCCUAAACGCCGCGAAAACAAAAAACAGAACAGAAAAGUAAAAGCAAAAGAAUGGGACCCCUUUAGAUGGCGCGGACGGGUAGUGAUUCACGGCGUCGCAACUUGAGGUCCUUGGUCAGAGAGUUCUUGCUUGUCUUGGUCUCUAUCCACUCCUCGAGGUUGCUGAGGGUACACUCGGCGAUCUCGGUGAGAGCCUCCUCGGUGAAGAAGGCUUGGUGACCGCAAACAACCACAUUGGGGAACGUCAUGAGGCGCAUGAGCUUAUCAUCUUGAAUGAUUGUCGACGAGUGGUCGUUGUAGAAGAGUUCACCUUCCGCCUCGUACACAUCGAGCGCGAGGCCACCGAUAUGGUUUGUCUUGAGCGCAUGGAUGACGGAUUCAGUGUCGAGCAGGCCACCUCGUGAGGUAUUGACCAGCAUGGCACCCUCUUUCAUCAAAGAAAUAGUGUUGCGGUUGAUGAUGUGCCGUGUUUGCUCCAUGAGAGGACAAUGAAGACUGACGAUAUCACACUGAGGCAGAAGGUCUUCGAGGGACUUGUACUCGCCAUACUCCUCAAAGGCUGGCGAAGGGAAGGGAUCAUAUGCGAGGAGUCUGCAGCCGAAACCCCUCAUGAUGCGUGCAGUAGCAAGACCGAUCUUGCCAACACCGACAAUUCCGACAGUCUUGCCAUAGAGGGUCUUUCCGAGAAGGCCAUCAAGAGCAAAGUUACCCUCACGAACACGGUUGUAAGCGCGAUGGGUCUUUCGGUUGAGGGUCUGAAUCAGAGCAACAGCAAACUCGGCAACAGCCUCGGGAGAGUAAGAGGGGACAUUGGCGACCAUGAUGCGGAGUCGCUGGGCAGCAUCGAGGUCGACAUUAUUGAAGCCUGCGCAUCGCAGCAAAAUAGCCUUUACGCCAAAUUCUGACAGGGCGGAGAUGACAUUGUCGUUGACGACAUCGUUGACGAAGACGCAAAUGGCAUCUGCUCCAUCAACGAGAGAGACGGUAUCUUCGUUAAGAGCGAAUUCAUGAAAGAUGAGCUCGAUGCCAGACUCUGCAUGCUUGGCGCCGAGGACUGACGACAAGUACUUUUUAUCGUAGGGUUUUGUACUGAAUACGGCGAGCUUCAUGGUGAUAAGAUAAGGAUAAGUCGGAUUGGAGUUGAGGAAGAGGAGGAAGAGAUGGAGGUGUAAGGGAUGGAAACCUUUUAAAGGGGAUUGAAGAGGAAGAAAUAAAUAAGGUAGGUAAGUACUAAUGGAUGUCUCGACAGCUAAGCUCUUUCCUUGAUCCAAUUACGUGGGGUUUUUGAAGCUUGGAAGGUAAAUAUGGACGUUUCUGGGCAUUCUCCACCAGAAACGGGGAGCUUCAACUUGAAGUAUACAUACAGAGUACUCUCGCUAAAAUAUAGGGAAUACCCAGCAAUUAUCCCUCUAUUGUCUAUAAUUUAGACUCAAUCGACGCAUGAACCCACUAAGCACAGCCCCUACACGAGGAGAAGAAAAGGAGGUCACAUCCAUUAAUUCUAUCCAGCUUCAGCACAUACAUUCACACCGAUCAACCAUCUCCAAUUACAGCGGUGUCGUCAGCAUGUGCCUUGGAAAAUCAGACCAUACCAACAUCCAUAGCUUGGAUGCCAAGCAUGUGCGUGUGUGCAACUGUUAGGUACAACAAAAGGAGGCAAUUAUUAUUAUUAUUGUUGUUAUUAUUAUCUUUUGAGGCUGACGAUUGAGUUAGACUUCAACGUAUGAUUAAGCUUUUCGCUAGCACUCAUUUUCAGCUGUCAUUGUUGUCUGUUUCUUUGGGGAUACAUUCCUACGCCACUACCAACGACCGAACAAGUAUAGGCGUCAAGAUGCAUUAGGUAUCACAAUAGCUCACUGUAAAAAUAAAAUCCAGUAUACAUAAAUUUGUUCAUAUGCACCCCACGCUCGCCAAAUCAACCGAGGCUCUUCCAACUCCAAUCUCAUCUCCCAUGAAAAAGAAAACGCCCCCAGAAUCGUUCGGUGUCCGUGUCCCGGGGAUCCGGGUUAAUGACCCCCGGCCCCGAAUGCAUGGGACUAUUUAUUGUCUGAUAUGCAAGGCACGCAGAGCCCCAAUCAUCCCUUCUUUAUGGCCUGAUUCCAACAAUCGAAAGUUGUAAUUUCUGAGGUCGAUCUUGAUAGGAUCCCAACGGCCCCUGCUGAGCUUGAAACGGACAAGGAUAUACGCAAGGUCAGCUUCGGUGACAUAUCAACGGUGACCACUGGACGCUUGUGCAUUUCGGUGAACGUUGCGGCAUUUCAUUUAUGGCCUCAUUUGAAGGCUCCAUUGGUAUCAUGGGCGACUCGUGAGUCAUCGACAAGGCAUUGGCCCUUCGUAUACGAGGCUAUGUUGCAUCUCAGCAAUGGCCUGAUUUGCUCUGGAAUAUCCUCUCCUAGGUUGACACCUAAUUCUGUACUUGAGACCACCUCCAUCGAGGAUUCUCGGUGUCGAUAUGCAAGUGUGCCGCUUAUUAAGAAGAAAGAGUCUGAAUGUUAUCUAGAGCAUGAUAUUGGACUGAUCAUGACUCUCCUUUAAACGACUGAUUGAACUCAUUUUGUACCAUUUAUUUCUGCCCAGAAUACGCAACAAUAUCAGAUCUCACAUCCUUGAGAAGCAACAUUCUAAGAGACAUUGACAUUUUGGGCCUUGCAUAGCCUUGAAGGUGAGAUUUCUUCCUGGAUUAAUCUCUUCG